UGGGUCAUACAAUUUUCCAUUGCUGGUCAUUAAUUCAUCGUCUCCGGAGUCUUUGUGAUGGCUGUCCAUUUGUCUCUGAUUUGGCUGCUUCUCUUGCUGUUGGGCAUUUCCAUUGACGUCACGCGCGGCAAGCGUUUGGAUCGAGGUCGUAAACCGAGGUCCGACAACCGAAUUGUGGGUGGCCAGCAGGCGGAUGACGGGGUGGCCCCUUAUCAGGUGUCCAUUCAGACCACCUGGAAAACGCACAUCUGCAGCGGCGUCAUCCUCGACGAAGAGUGGAUCCUGACGGCCGGCCAUUGUGCGCUGGACUUUAGCAUCGAGGAUCUGCGGAUUAUAGUGGGCACCAACGAUCGCCUGCAACCGGGUCAGACUCUAUUUCCGGAUGAGGCUCUGGUGCACUGUUUGUACGACGUUCCCUAUGUUUACAACAACGACAUAGCCCUCAUUCAUGUCAACGAGUCGAUUGUCUUCAAUGAUCGCACCCAGAUCGUUGAGCUGAGCAGGGAACAGCCACCGGCGGGAUCAGUGGUCACCCUGACGGGUUGGGGUGCUCCGGAGAGCAGUUUUCCCACGGUGCAGCACUUGCAGACCAUCAACUUGACCGUAAUCGGUCACGAGGAUUGCCGCCAGAGAUGGGACUACCACAAUGGCAUCGACAUCGGUCACAUCUGCACAUUCACGCGGGAUGGCGAGGGUGCCUGCUCCGGCGACUCUGGAGGUCCGCUCAUGUGGGAGGGCAAACUGGUGGGCCUGGUCAACUGGGGACGAGCCUGCGGCGUUGGCAUGCCAGAUAUGUACGCCAACACUGUUUACUACCAGGACUGGAUCCGGAGGACUCCCACUGGAUGCAAGAAUCGUGUUAACUAGUUGAGGUCAAAGGAGUUUAAGGGCGUAUUGCCAUGAUGUGUACUGGCAUGAAUGUGUAAAAUAUAUUUAUUGAUCAAAACAA